AUGGACGUACCAUCAUCAUCACCACCAUCACCAUGGACGUACCAUCAUCAUCACCACCAUCACCAUGGACGUACCAUCAUCAUCACCACCAUCACCAUGGACGUACCAUCAUCAUCACCACCAUCAUCACCAUGGACGUACCAUCAUCAUCACCAACAUCACCAUGGACGUACCAUCAUCUUCACCAUCAUCACCAUGGACGUACCAUCAUCAUCACCACCAUCACCAUGGUCGUACCAUCAUCAUCACCACCAUCACCAUGGACGUACCAUCAUCAUCACCACCAUCACCAUGGACGUACCAUCAUCAUCACCACCAUCAUCACCAUGGACGUACCAUCAUCAUCACCACCAUCACCAUGGACGUACCAUCAUCAUCACCACCAUCACCAUGGACGUACCAUCAUCAUCACCACCAUCACCAUGGACGUACCAUCAUCAUCACCACCAUCAUCACCAUGGACGUACCAUCAUCUUCACCACCAUCACCAUGGACGUACCAUCAUCAUCACCACCAUCACCAUGGACGUACCAUCAUCUUCACCACCAUCAUCACCAUGGACGUACCAUCAUCAUCACCACCAUCACCAUGGACGUACCAUCAUCAUCACCACCAUCAUCACCAUGGACGUACCAUCAUCAUCACCAACAUCACCAUGGACGUACCAUCAUCAUCACCACCAUCACCAUGGUCGUACCAUCAUCAUCACCAUCAUCACCAUGGACGUACCAUCAUCAUCACCACCAUCACCAUGGACGUACCAUCAUCAUCACCACCAUCACCAUGGACGUACCAUCAUCAUCACCACCAUCACCAUGGACGUACCAUCAUCAUCACCACCAUCAUCACCAUGGACGUACCAUCAUCUUCACCAUCAUCACCAUGGACGUACCAUCAUCAUCACCACCAUCACCAUGGACGUACCAUCAUCUUCACCACCAUCAUCACCAUGGACGUACCAUCAUCUUCACCACCAUCAUCACCAUGGACGUACCAUCAUCUUCACCACCAUCAUCACCAUGGACGUACCAUCAUCUUCACCAUCAUCACCAUGGACGUACCAUCAUCAUCACCACCAUCACCAUGGUCGUACCAUCAUCAUCACCACCAUCACCAUGGACGUACCAUCAUCAUCAUCACCAUCACCAUGGACGUACCAUCAUCUUCACCAUCAUCACCAUGGUCGUACCAUCACCACCAUCACCAGUAUGAUCAGCAUCUUCAUCACCGCCAUGGGCAUCAAUAUUAUCACCACC